UGUCACGGACGCCAGGCAGCUCUAGAUUUCACCACUCCUCUCUACCAUGAUCAACACUUACCAGACCAGCCUGGCUCCCCCGCCGGUGCCUCCGCGCCUCAACAGGUCCCAACCAGUCUUCAUCCCGGCUCCACUUCCAUCACCGGGCCACAGCAAGCCUCUCAUCCAAUUCUUGGCUGGUGUAGUGGUGCUGCAUUUAUUGCUGUCUGUCGGAGGAUUCAUCUAUCUGUUCCACAUUGAAAAAAUGGAAAAACCUCCUACAGCUGAAGCUGCUUUUAUCUCAUCAGGAAAACAGGAAACUUUCUACAGAGCCUUGGCAGGAAUGGUGGUUGACAGACGAACAGCAAAAAAAUCUACAUCCGGUUAUCUCCAGUGGGACAUGAACCACUCGGUUCGUAGGAACAUCAAUUACUACCACGAGAGUUGGUUGACGAUCCUGGAGUCUGGUGACUACUAUGUCUACUCCUCAGUGACCUUCUCCAAGGGCGACUCCGCGCGCCCACUGGCCAGCAGAGUCAAGCUGAGGAAGGACGAGAAAGAAGAGGAGAAGGUUGUGAUGCAAGCCUACUGCAGCCUGCACAGCUGCCCCGGGAACGCAUCUAUCCCUCGCAUGUGCACAGCUACACAGGGAGAGGUGAUCAGUCUGGAGAAAGGAAACCAGCUCAGUGUCUGGGUACAAAACCUUUCACUGGUGGACUACGACGAAGGAGCCACAACCUUUGGGAUGUACAAACUGUAGGACUUCUAUAUGAGCAUGUGCAUGGACCUAAGCUGAAGAGUGGGAACUCAUUAAGUGGAAGGAAUUGGAUAUAAAUCUACUGAGAACACUGUUAAAUACUCUGGAUCCAUAAUCUUUUUUCGUGGAUUUCAGAGACAAAGACCACAAUCCUAAACUAUAAUUUAUUACAUCACAUAUAAUUGUGUGUUAUUUUGUGUUUCUGUGGUAUUUUUGUGAAUUGAUGUUCUGUAUUUAUUGAUGUAAAUGAGGUUGUAUGGCUGUGAAAUGAAUUUUUAAUAUUUAAUCU